AUGGAGUCCAAGGAGAGCACGAUGACCGCCAUUCUCCUCGUCACCAUCAUAUCGGCCGUGCUGGGCUCCCUCCAGAUUGGGUAUCACACGGGAAACGUCAACGCUCCGGCCAAGAUAAUUGAAGAGUUCUUCAAUGUGACUUGGAGGGCCCGGCACAACACGUCCUUGCCGGACCACAGCCUCACCUUCCUCUGGUCCCUCUCCGUCAGUAUUAAGGAUUUCGGAGCUCUGCUUGGCUCCUUGGGGGUCAAAGGUCUAGCUGACUCCUUCGGCAGGCGGAACUCCAUCCUGAUAGUGAACGCCCUGUCCAUGGUGGGCGCCAGCCUCAUGUUCGUCUCCAAGGCCAGCGAGUCGUUCGAGGUGCUCAUCGUCGGGCGGCUCCUGUUCGGCCUGUUCUGCGGCCUGGCCAUGAGCCUCAACCCCCUCUACAUCCAGGAGGUGUCCCCCACCGAGCUGCGCGGCGCCUUCGCCACGCUCAACCAGGUCUCCUUCGCCACCGGCAUCCUCCUGGGCAUGGUGGUGGGCCUGGACACGGUGCUGGGCACAGAGAGGUACUGGGCCCUGAUGUUCUCCCUGUCCCUCAUCCCGGCGCUGCUCCAGUACCUGAUACUGCCCUUCUGCCCCGAGAGCCCGCGCUACCUGCUCAUCACCCGGGGCCAAGAGGAACAGGCGGAGGCAGCCCUCCGAAGGCUGAGAGGAAAUUCAGACAAGGUUCUCAACGAGCUGAAGGAAAUGAAAGAGGAGGCAGCUCGCACCCAAUCAGGAGUGACUGUUCGACAGUUCUUGAUGAAGCGGAGCUACAGGCAGCCAAUAAUACUGGUCCUGAUUAUAAACCUGGGCAGCCAACUGUCCGGAUUCAAUGCUAUAAUAAAUUAUUCGACCAAGAUGUUCUCCAAGGCAGGGUUCCGGGAGGCCAAGUACCUGACGCUCGGGGUGGGGGCCGUCAACGUGACGUUCACCGUGGUAGCGUUCUUCCUGGUGGAGAGGGCGGGGCGCAGGAGGCUGCUCCUGACCGGCUUCCUGUCGUUGGCGCUGUGUAACCUGCUCAUGACCAUCACCGAUUCGAUCCUGCACCUCGUUCCGGACCUGCGCAGUCUGCAGGUCCUGGUGGUGUUCUUCCUCAUCUCGGCCUAUGAGGUGGGGCCCGGCCCGAUCUCCUGGUUCAUCGGCGCCGAGCUCUUUGACCAGCAGUCCCGGCCCAUCGCCAUGGCGUUCACCAGCAUGCUCAACUGGGGCGGCAAGUUCCUGCUGGCCCUGCUCUUCCCACCGCUGCUGAAAGUGUGCGGGGCCUACGUCUACCUCCUCUUCACGGCGAUGGCCACCCUGGCCUUCAGCUACACGCUGCUGCGCCUCCCGGAGACCAGGGGGCGCACUUUCGAUGACAUCGCAGCCGAGUUCCGGGGGGCCGAGGGCAUCCCCCUUCACAACAAGACCGGUUUCAACACCUUCACUUGACCGUGCGCCUGACGGUUCAUCUGCACCUCGUCUCGCCGCAGUCCGGAGCUCCUAAAAACCCUGAAUCAGCCAGAGAUCGACGCCUUUUCGACAGUACAGUAUGUCUAUCGAGAUUCACCCUCGAUCUGGAUGUAUUUGACCUUCUAACUUUAGAGGGACAGUGUGUGCAUUUCCUGCUGAAUGCAUUUACCAGAUUGAACCCGUCAAGGGAAAGUUAAUCACUGAUGUGUACGGCACAGCAUUUUUGUUCCAAAACAUUGGAACUGCUCUUGUCAUUCCUAGACAGGAAAUAACCUAAUUGUCUCCUUGCUCUGGGUCAAGGAAGAAAAAAAAGCAGUGCACAGUGUAUCGUCCCUCCACACACAGCAGAUCCCUGGCUCAACCGAGCGAAACAUUCUCACCUGGAACCAAGCCACCCAAAAACUGGAGCCUGCAGACAGGGGAGAGAGUGCACCUUUCCAAAAUAUUAUUGGCUCGUGAAAUCUGACACACCUCUUGGAUUGUGUACAUUUGUGAGACACUGCAAAUAGGGGAAACUGCCAAGCAAAUAAAUAAUGUUAUCAUAUCCAUGGCGUGUGGAUCACAAGAACAUAAAAAAAGGAUCAGCACUUGGCAUGGGCUCACUUUGCAGCAGUGGGCAAGAUGGGGUGGAUGGCUCAGACAGGCAAACCUGUCCAAAGCAAAGUUCCUUUAUUCUGCCACUAGAGGGCAGGGUUACAUUUAUCACUGAGAUUGACAAGCUCCAUACUGCAGCAAUCAGAGUUGAAGGUGAAUUGUCUUAAGUAGUUUUUUUGUUCUUUUGGUCACAGUAACGGCCUGAUAAAUACGUAUUUUACAUGUCUGGCUGCUUUUUGUGCAUUUUUGUAUUUCCUGUGUUUUA